AUGCGCUCUUUCACCGACUAUAAAGCACCUGCAGGGCUGGCCAUCGUCACAGCUUUGGUAUCCCACGCCGUGUACAAUCGCAGAGAACCUACUGUCGCCUCAUUCUUCCGUAAUCUCGUGAUCCUCGUCGCCUUAUAUGCCGUUCUGACUACGCGCAUACCCCAAGGCCCACUAACCGUGAGGUCGUCAACGGUCUUGUUUACAGGUCUUUACUUGACAGCCCUCAGCCUCAGCAUCACGGUCUACCGACUCUUUCUUCACCCUCUACGGAGAUUUCCUGGACCAACGCUUGGGAAACUGACGAGAUGGACUUCGGCAUAUUAUAUGGCCACUGGCCGCAUGCAUGAGUGGCUCCCUGCCAUGCACGCCAAGUACGGUGACAUUGUCCGAUUCGGCCCGAACGAGCUCUCUUUCGGCGACACAGGCUCAGUCAAGUAUCUCCACGGUCCACAGGGAGCUCGACUCACCAAAGGUCCCUUCUACGAUGCCAAUACCUUUAAUAACAGCGGACAUGGCGUGCCGUUGCCGUCAACGAGAGACUGGGAGAACCAUAGAAUCCGCCGCCGAAUAUGGGACCACGGUUUCGCUCAAAAGGCUCUAAGGACAUACGAGCCUCGUAUUCGGAGUCUGAUUGAUACUUUCUGUACGGAAUUGGAGAAACAUGACGGCGAAGUCGUGGACUUUGCGAAGUGGGCAGACUACUUUGCUUUCGACGCCAUGGGAGACUUGGUUUUCAACAAGACAGUUGGCUUGCUCAACGAAGACGGACCUCGCGAGUUCUCAGACUGGGUUCGUACUGGCGUCAUGGUGAAUGCCAUCUUUGCUCAGGUCCCAUGGAUAUCAUCCUACUUCACAUUGACCCCGUUUAGACGGGACUUAAUCCACAAAGCUCUCAGCUUCGGGCGGCUGGCUUCGGACUUUUACAAGCAAAGAAGAGAGUUUGGCACUUCCCCUGUGGACAUUUUCUCACACAUCAUUGCUGGCAACGACAAGGAAAUUAUCUCGUCCGAAGAUGACCUGGAGGCCGACUCUCCAACACUGUUUAUUGCAGGAAGUGACACGAGUGCUGUGGUUAUUACCUUUAUGUUUUACUACAUCUGCUCGGACAAAGCAACUUAUCAUCGUCUGCGCGAAGAAAUCGAUCAGCACUGGGACGGUGUCAAACCACUGGAAGGCUCCUCGCUAGGUCCUGAGACACUUCCAUUCUUGAACAUGUGCAUCCAGGAAGUUCUUAGAGUCAUGCCGCCGGGCCCGAAUGGAAUGCAGCGAUACACGAACAAGGGGGGUCACAUGGUCAAUGGGAUAUUCAUUCCAGAGAACACGGCAGUCUCGUCCAACACGCUCUCCUUACACCACGACCCCAGGUACUGGACCAGACCCACCGAAUUCGUCCCAGACCGAUGGGACGAGAAGAAGCGUGACCCGACAUGGAACCACGACACACGAGCAUACAUACCCUUUAGUAGUGGAACCUUUUCCUGCGCCGGGAGACCGCUGGCCAUGCUCGAACAGCGACUGUUGAUCACGACGCUCUUGAGGCGAUUCGACCUGAUUAUGGCCCCAGAUUUCGACCACAAGCGGUUCGCGGACGACAUCCGCAGCUACAUGACCAUUGUCAAGGGCGCUCUGCCUCUGACUGUGCGGAAGAGGAGGGAUUGA